AUGAUUUGUACGAAUUUUCGAUGGUCGCAAAUAACUCUUUGGUAUUACAACUGGAUUCCUAUACCUUUGGCUUAUACCCAGGUGGUAUUCCUAGCAGUACGUUUCUAUUUUUUGCUUACAGUAGUCGGGCGACAAUUUGUUGAUGGAAGCAUUUCUCCUUGGAGUGUAGCUGAAGCAUUAAUCAAUCCAUGUGGUGAUGAUGAUGAAGAUUUCGAUUUUGAAUGGUUUCUCGCCCGAAAUCUCAGACAAGCACUGGCGAUAAUGGAUGAGAAGAACUGUAUGCCUCCGCCUUUGUGUUUCGAUAAAUUUUGGCGUGACAGCAAGAAAGCAGAAGAGAAUCAAAAUCAUAAUGAAAAAGAAAAGUAA